CUCCUCCUCCUCCGUUUCUUUUGUGGCAGGCAGCACCAUCAAAUCCUACCCGCCUUUUCAGUCAGUUUGCCUCCUUCCCUUCCCUCCGCCGGUCCCUAUUUUUCCAUGUGAACGGCCCAUUUUUUUCUCCGCACUCAUUCCUCCCUUUCCCUUUUCCUCCCUUUUCAGCACCGCCACGGCGCCACCUGCCCAAUUAAUAAAGAGGCCUCCCCUGUGUUUCCACGUUUUCUCUGCAAAUCUCAAGCUAGAGCAGCUGCCUUCUUCCUUCCGCGUGAUGGGUCUGUUUCAGUUUCCGCGGUGGGAGGCGGCGGCACUGCCGAGAAGCCAUUGAUGUCUCUUGGGUCUUUUUGGUCACUGAAAAUGUCCACCGUUGUGAGAUUCCGAUUGGUUUGGGUGCUCUGGGUUGCUGUUACUUCCGCCUGCUCCAUUUCAGCUCACCUUCUGAAUCAACCCAUCCAGAGCUCCUCCAAGCUUUUCUUAGGACAAGUGAAUUUGGGAUCAUGGAAAAGUGGGAUCUCUGAGGCUAUUGCACAAGCGCCUGGACCAUCCACUCAAGGUCUUAAGAGCACUCUUCUGUUGGCCGCCGAGAGGACUAAUCGGCCCGAUAUACUUAAUGGGUUUAAGCACUAUAAAGGAGGUUGGGAUAUCACCAAUCGACAUUACUGGGCUUCUGUUGGAUUCACCGGUGCUUCUGGCUUCAUUUUGGCCAUCGUGUGGUUCAUCUCAUUUGGACUGGCUGUUGCAGUACACCAUUGUUGUGGAUGGAAGGUGAAAAUUGCAGACGGAGGGUUGCGUGGUCAAACGAUAUGUCUCAUACUGCUGAUAGUGUUCACAUGUGCAGCAGCGAUUGGCUGCAUUCUUCUUUCUGUUGGUCAGGGUGAAUUUCAUGGAGAAGCUUUGGAUACUUUGAAAUAUGUUGUAAACCAAUCCGAUUACACAGUUCAAACCCUGAGAAACGUCACGGAGUAUUUGUCCCUUGCCAAAACCAUCAAAGUAGCCCAAGUACUUCUUCCUUCCAAUGUAAUGGACAACAUAGACAAACUGAAUGUGGAUCUGAAUGCUGCAGCAAACACACUGGAAGAGAAGACCAGUGAAAAUUCUCAAAAGAUCACAACAGUGUUCACUGCGGUGCGUUCUACACUAAUUGCUGUUGCUGCAGUGAUGCUUGUACUGGCUGUGGUUGGUUUUGAUGAUAAUGCUUUGAGAUUGACCUUCUCCAUUACUGCAGUUCUUUCCGUCCUUGGUCACCAGCAUGCGAUCUAUAUAUUCGUGCUGAGUGGGUGGUUGUUAGUAGCUAUAACAUUCAUUCUUUGUGGAGUCUUCAUAAUUUUCCACAACGCAAUGACAGACACUUGUACAGCCAUGAACGAAUGGGUUCAAAACCCUCAGGCAGCUACAACACUCAGUGAUAUCCUCCCCUGCGUUGAUCAGAGUACUACAAACAAGACCCUCUUCCAAAGCAAAGAAGUCGUUAAUGACAUUGUGAAUGUGGUCAACACGUACAUAUACACCUUUGCAAAUGCAAAUCCAUCUCGGUCCGAAUUCAAUUACUACAACCAGUCUGGACCUCUGAUGCCUCCCAUGUGUUACCCAUUUGACUCACAGUUCAACGAUCGCCAGUGUGCUGCCCAAGAGGUCUCGAUGGCUAACGCCUCCUUGGUAUGGCAGAGCUACAUAUGCCAAGUCUCGUCAUUGGGGUACUGCACAAGUGUUGGAAGGGUGACACCUGAUGUGUAUGGGCAGCUGGUAGCAGCUGUUAAUGAAACCUACGCUCUGGAAUACUAUACUCCGCUCCUGCUCAGCCUUCAGGACUGCAAAUUUGUGAGAGACACAGUCCAAGAAAUCACCUCGACGUACUGCCAUCCUCUGGAGCAUUACCUCCAGCUCAUAAACGCGGGAUUGGGGUUAAUCUCUGUUGGAGUUUUGCUCUGCUUGGUUCUCUGGAUACUCUAUGCAAACCGGCCCCAAAGGGAGCAAGUGUUUGCCAACAAGCUGCGAUUACCCAUUAAAGGCAACAAUUUCAGUUUCUGCAGCAAGAAAGCCAGUCCUCCUAACAACUGCAACGACACUGUUACUAAUCAUGUGCCAUUGUCAGAUACAAUUGCUAGUAUAGUUCAUUAGUAAGUCAUAGAAAUACAGAUUAAUGAUGUAGUAUAGUUUUGUUCUAGUCCUUUAUUCCAGGAAGAAGGAAGGACGAGCGGAAUAUACCGAAACAGGGCGAAGUUCUGGUUCGAGUUGUAGUUUCGUGUACUUUAGUCUGUAUCAAUAGUAAAAAGUCCAAGUGCUAUUGUGCUUUAUUCCAGGAAGAAGUAGUGAACAGGGUGGGAGUGCAAAAUGUCGAGGAUCUUGCUUGCAUAUUCUAUGGACGAUCUCAGACUUCCUAGCCAGAGAAAUAGGAAUUCUAGGUCACCUAAGCACUAUUUUCAGAGACAACAAAU